AAUCUGAGUCAGCACGCUACAAUUGAUAAUUUCAAUUGCUAAUUGUCAAUUUCCAAUAAUUAAUUUAGUCACCAAUCAAUGGUAUGUGCCCGUGUUGUAGCGCGAUGUGCCAAAUGGUUGUGCCGCUUAUGGAUUUGUUGUGGAAGGCACCCGCAUGUUUGUCUUUGGCGGCAUGUCGUUGUCGUUUUAUUCGGCUUUUUUUUUGCGCAUUGUAUGUGUGCACGAAUUUUGGAGUGUGUCGCAUUUCCAUUUAUUACUGACUUACAUUUCAAUUUCAAUAAAGUGCAAUUGAUAAUUUGUUUUGGCAAGCAAAAAGAUGAACUUGAAUUGUAAACAAAUAUAUUAAAAACGAAUAAUCUGCUGAAUUGAAAAUGGAAAUGGAUGCCACCUACCAAAUUGAUAAUCCUAAUAAUAAUAUGUUGGCCAAUAAUCAACUUGGUUUUCGUUGGAAACGCAUUUUAAAUCCAACGCGGCCGCAGCCGCGUCCCCGCCACGGUCAUCGUGCCAUAAAUAUCAAGGAAUUAAUGGUCGUUUUUGUUGGCGGCAACGAGGGAAUUGCCGAUGAAUUUCAUGUUUAUAAUACAGUCACCAAUCAAUGGUAUGUGCCCGUGCUGAAGGGCGAUGUGCUUAUGGAUUUGUUGUGGAAGGCACCCGCAUGUUUGUCUUUAGCUUAUCCAAAUGAACUUUACGAGUUGCAAGCAACCAAAUGGGAAUGUCGCAAAAUGUACCCUGAGACGCCGGAUAACGGUGUCACACCCUGCCCACGGUUGGGGCACAGCUUCACGAUGGUCGGCGAGAAAAUAUUCCUGUUUGGCGGACUGAGCAAUGAAUCGGAUGAUCCCAAAAAAUAAUAUUCCCAAGUAGGUGUCAAUUAUUAAUUAAUAUUAGUAGUUGUAAAUAAGUUGCCUUUUUUCUACUUUGGUUUCUUUGCAAUAAUAAUAAUUAAUUAUAAAAAAUCUUAAAUACAAAAAAAAAAAAAAA